CUAUUGUUACGUGCUCAUGAGAGCCAACAUUUUAAGAAACUUGUAGCCAAUGGCUACCGUCAAAAAAACUUAAUAUAUCGCCCUAUCGAAUCACGACCGUCCAUUUUAUCAAGGAUGCUACUACUACGUUCAUACAUGGCAUUAACUUACGUAUAAUAUAUAUACACUCCAAAAGAGCUUCUCGUUCGUUAUUCAAUGUAACCCUUUUUUUCUUGAAUGAUGUUAGCUCAAUCUGUGUUUACUUUCUGCGAAGUCACCACCGUUUCCAUUUUCGUCGUCUUCUCUCUUCGCCUCCUCCUAAGAUGCGGCACACGUCCAUGGCGUCGCCACCGCACGUUCACGUUCCGCAGCAGCCAGGAGAAAACGGCGGUGACCGAUCAUUCGUCUCCGCCGUAUUGCGCCGUGUGCAUGCAAGAGGCAGAGGAGGGAGACAAGAUGAGGAGAUUGGCGAUUUGUAGUCACUGUUUCCACGCAGUCUGUAUCGAUACAUGGUUUUGUGAGAUGUCGACGUGUCCGUUGUGUAGAGCUGAGAUUCCGCCUUUACCUCCGGUGAAUCCUCUGCUCUUACUUUUUGUUUCUGCCGGUGUACUCGAUUUGUUCAGCAACAAAUAGUUCUGA